UCAUGGACAGAAAAUUUUGGAGACCCUUCAGAAAACAAGGACCUGCCGGCCCAGUUCAGGGGCGCUGCUGUAGCAAUAGCUUCUGAUGAAAAAAUUGCUUUGCUGGGUGCCAUCCAGUCUCUGUUUGAAGGUUCAAUGUAUACAUUUGUCUUCCUCUGGACUCCUGCUUUGAGCCCCAACGAAGAAGAGAUUCCUCACGGUUAUUUUGCCACAUUCAUGUUGGCGAUGUUGGGAAGCUCCCUUGCAUCUCGAUUGAUGGCUCGCUCAUCACUGAGGGUAGAAAGUUACAUGCAGAUCGUUUUCGUGGUUUCCUCUGUUUCUCUAAUUCUUCCGAUUGUAACCAAUUUCUUGGUAGCACCUUCCAAAGUGAAAGGCGGAAGCAUCUCGUUCGCAGGUUGUCUUCAGCUUCUUGGCUUCUGUACUUUCGAGGCUUGUGUGGGAAUAUUCUGGCCAUCCAUUAUGCAAAUGAGAUCCCAAUACAUCCCCGAGGAAGCUAAGAGCACCAUUAUGAACUUCUUCCGCAUUCCUCUCAACAUCUUUGUCUGCAUCGUGCUGUAUAACGUUGAUGCAUUCCCCAUCACUGUCAUGUUCAGCAUGUGCUCGAUCUUCCUCUUCGUCGCUUCCAACUUGCAAAGACGACUGAUGGCAAUAUCAGAAAAACCAAAGAUCGAAAAUUGGUCGGCGAUGAAGGAAAGGGACCCCGAGGCUGAUCCACUAAACGAAUGAAAAGGAAACCAAGGAUAUGAUAACAACAACAUAAUUCAUUCCUAAUAUACUCUUGCAUGAGGGUUAUAUUUUACAUUGAUUUUUACU